UGCGGGCGCGUGCGGUGGGAGGACCACACUUGUUUUUGACACAAUGUAAAUAACGUCACGUCACCGCGUGGGUAUAUUCGAGGCGGGACGUAAACACGGAGCAGCAGAGAGCAGCUAACCGUCCACCGGAGCGGGGCUCGAUCCGCGUCUAUCAUUUGAAAAAAGCGGCUCUUGUCUUCUUUUUUUAGGACAUACAAAUAUUUCUUUCCGACUUCAGCUACAGUGAUAGCUAAGUUUGGAGAGGAGGACCGGGAGAGAAACGCCGUGUCUUUGUUGUUUUUGUGUCGGGUUUGCAUGCAGCGGUAGACCUGCAUCAACGAGACACUACAAAAGAGCUUACAGCGACAGGAAAAACACAGAAAAACACAAUUCACGUUGGUGGUUUGUCAUUUUUACAGCUUUAAAAUGGAUAACUCUGGAUCUAGGACGUGCAUUGAAUCAGUCCGAGACUUCUUCACCUCAGCCAAGUUCCUCAUCUACAUGGGACAUGCUCUGUCAACAUGGGGUGACCGAAUGUGGAACUUUGCCGUGGCCGUCUUCCUGGUGGAGUUGUAUGGGAACAGUCUGCUGCUCACGGCCGUGUACGGGCUGGUGGUGGCCGGCUCCGUGCUGCUACUGGGGGCCAUCAUUGGGGACUGGGUUGACAGGAAUCCCAGGCUUAAAGUGGCCCAGACCUCGCUGCUCGUCCAGAACAGUUGUGUCAUCGUGUGUGGGAUCCUCCUGAUGGUUGUUUUCCAGUUCAGAGAACAGCUUGUGGAGCUUUACAAUGGAUGGAUUCUGACAACCUGCUACAUUCUGGUGAUCACCAUCGCCAAUAUUGCCAACCUCGCCAGCACGGCUACGUCCAUCACCAUCCAGAGGGAUUGGGUGGUGGUUGUGGCAGGUCAGGACAGCAGCAAGUUGGCAGACAUGAAUGCCACCGUGCGAAUUAUCGACCAGCUGACCAACAUCCUGGCUCCCAUGCUAGUGGGUCAAAUAAUGGCCUUUGGCUCCCAUUUCGUUGGCUGCGGUUUCAUCUCUGGCUGGAACCUGUGCUCCAUGUGUCUGGAGUACGCACUGCUGUGGAAGGUCUACCAGAAGACGCCGGCGUUGGCCGUGAAAGCUGGCCAGAAGGAGCAGCAACAGGAGCUCAAACAGCUCAGCCCCACAAGAGAGUUGGAGAACGGCCAAAGUCCUGAGGAGUCAUCUCAGCCACUGAUGAAUGAAACCUCAGUUGUGACCGACUCUCCCAAACAGCGCGGCUGUUGCUACCAAGCGACCGAACCUUUGCGCACUUUCAAGGCUGGCUGGGUGGCCUACUACAACCAGAACAUCUUCUUUGCUGGCAUGUCCCUGGCUUUCCUCUACAUGACGGUGCUGGGCUUUGACUGCAUCACCACGGGCUACGCCUACACACAGGGCCUCAACGGCUCAGUGCUCAGCCUGCUGAUGGGAGCCUCCGCUGUGUCAGGCAUCUGCGGCACCGUCGCCUUCACUUGGGUCCGCAAGAAGUGUGGCCUGAUCCGCACGGGCUUCAUUUCGGGCGUGGCCCAGCUGUCCUGCCUCAUGCUGUGCGUUGUCUCAGUCUUUGCUCCUGGGAGCCCCUUCGACCUCAGCGUCUCACCCUUCCAAGACCUUUACACCCACCUGAUCGGAGAGAAGACACUGCCUGAGGCCGACCACAGCCUCACCAGCGUUCUUACCGGUCUGAACGCCACUACUGCUGCACCAGCUGAAGAGCUGCCACCUCUGCAGUCCUACAUGUCUGUUAGUCUGCUGUUUGCUGGCGUCAUUGCUGCUAGAGUUGGCCUGUGGUCUUUUGACCUGACAGUGACCCAGCUCAUCCAAGAGAAUGUGAUCGAGUCGGAGCGAGGUGUGAUCAACGGCGUCCAGAACUCCAUGAAUUACCUCUUAGACCUGCUGCACUUCAUCAUGGUGAUUCUGGCUCCGAACCCAGAGGCCUUUGGCCUGCUGGUCAUCAUCUCUGUCUCCUUCGUGGCCAUGGGUCACAUCAUGUACUUUGGGUUUGCCUUCAAGAGCUUGGGAAGCCGUCUCUUCCUCUGCUGCUCGCCGGAGCAGAAGGAGGAGACGGUGGACAGCCCCUCACUUCCUACCACAGUCUAACCCCAUUAAAGAGACUCUGUCCUCGGUACAUACUACGCUCUAGCCUUACCCUACCCCUGCCUCUUAUUUAUCUAACAUCUUUGCUUGUAGCUGACAGAAUGCUAAUGCUAACCUAAACCAGAGAGAGGUAACUUAACAUGCUUGCAUAGCCUUUAAUAAAGCAGCACUCAUAGGGAGAAGGAGGUUAGUAGAAAGCACAGUUAUAGAAAACUAAUUCAUAGCAGAACUUUAAAUAAGGCAGGGUUUCUUUAACACUUAAUGCCUAGGAGUCAGAUGAGAUCCUCAGCCUCUCAUCUAUGGGUCAAACAUGUACUGUCAAACAAGGAUCCAACACUUCUAAGCUUGUGACCCCAAAGUGGGUCCUGUUAAAGAAAUCAGAGGAUAAGGCACUGUAAAAAUUCACCUCCUAACAGCCUGUAUCUAGCUGUGAAUGUUUGAAAGGUGCUUCAGCUAAUCUUAAGGCAAAAUGAGGGAGAAUUCUUACAGGGAAGCAGGCACCGAGGCUUGGACUAAGGACAACUGUUUAGCUGAGACCUCGAAAGACAGAACGUCCCCCCUCUCAGUGACCUUAUUGGUGCUCUAGCUUUGUCUGCUAGCUGUUCUCCGAAAGCCUAACUCUCGCGUCAGCCUACAUAAACAUGUAUGAUGAGCAAGUUGUGGAUGUCCUCGUCCAGGUGGCGGGAAGAUACUUUUUUAUGUAACCAAACACAAAACUGGGAUCUAGUCUCUUUAAUAUGUGCUUAUAAGGGUUAUGCAAUUAACGGUAUUUAUUCGGGAAAUGCAGACAGUGGUUUUUAUAAUAACUGCAUCAUCAGUAUUGUGUUGCAUGCUCGCGGUUGUGCCAUAAGAAAGAAACAAGAAAUCCUAUGCACCCUUUGUCAAUAGCUCUCUCAAUUACCAAAGUCAAAGUCCACAGUGGCAUUAAAGGAAGUGAGGGAAACCAGUUAUCUGUCUGAGCAUUCCAAAUAUAUAUUUUUACAUCAGGUGACAGUAGUUAUGUAGGUUCACUAAUGCCUUCAUACAGCCCGAGUACAUCUGAAUAUUUCUAACCCACUCUGAGAUUGUACUUAAAAAAAUUUUUUUUUUCCAAUAGUUUACAUUAUUAGUGUUAUUUCGUCACCUUUUGAUCUUCCAUGUUCUUGAGUAAUUUUUCAAUCGUGAUUGUUGUUACACAGGCACUUUAAGUGAUUGACGUCUGUCGUUACACCCAACGUGUGAUCAGGCAUUUGAUCAAUAUUUUUGCACAAGUUUCAAGCCCCGACUCCUCAACCCUAACCCCCCCCCAACAAAAAUCCCUUUUCAAUCUAAUUUAAAUAGCUAAUAUAGUCUCCUUGUGUGUUCAGGUGCGGGGUGUGAGGGGAUUGUGGUUAACAAAAAAAAAAGGCACAUAUUUUAACACUCAGCACCACAUGUCCAUGGGGACAAACUGUUCUCUGCCUUGUGAAUACACCCUGGGUUCACCACAGAUACUCCUGUUUCCUUUAAAAAGUCAGAGCCAGGGAGUUUAGUCAGCAAGUCUUACCUGAUCUCAGUUUACCAAUGCAGACCGCCAACAGGCUCUGGACCAGGACUAAAGUCAGGGUUUUUGUUUUUAUUGCUGUAAGUCAAAGUUCAGAUAUGUUUGGCUUUACAGUAAAAGACUAGAAAAUGUAUUUCAAAGGAAAGUUUGUGGCUUUUUUUUGUGCAUGCUACUUUAGUAAAAGAAACCAACCGAAUAAAGUAGCUGUAACGAGCUCCUUUUCACCUCUUCAGUGAUAUCUGCCGCCUUAUUGUAAAUUAGCCAUGACAGCCGUUAUACGCACACAUGUGGCUACGUCAAGAACUAGAACGCUCUCAACCUGUGGAAUAUUUCGCCAGUCUAGCCAAGACUUUGGUAAUUUGGUGCUGGGAGGUUGUUUAGUUUGGACACAUGGGUAGCCACACCAGAUGUAGGAGAACAGAAGGCCACUUUUUAGCUCUACUGUACACACAAAACCUAAUGGAGGAUGUGGUGAUGUCUGCAGGUGAGUCAGACUUGCGCGGAAUGGAGCUUAAUUUUCAUGCUCCACUCUGGUUUAAUGUAACCUCAAACUCAGUCUGGGCAUGAGAACAAAACCGGCUCUUAAAACGGUCAGACUGCUGAUUCAGGAAUGUCACACAUGGCCAUAAGUCUUUAUUUUUAAUGUAAAUAACAUUA